CGAUCAUCAGCUAGCUUAGCCUCCUAACAGCGACAUCACGGCAGCAGGCGAGACCACCGGAAAUAUAAUCACCGUGCUCGAUCGGUUGAUCUCACCGGCCGGCGGUGAUCUCUCGAUUCGAUCAGAGAGCGAGAGCUUGGAGAUGACGGGGUUCGGGUCGCCGUGCGGCGCGUGCAAGUUCCUGCGGCGCAAGUGCGUGCGCGGGUGCGUGUUCGCGCCCUACUUCUGCCACGAGCAGGGCGCGGCGCACUUCGCCGCCAUCCACAAGGUGUUCGGCGCCAGCAACGUGUCCAAGCUCCUCGCCCACCUGCCGCUCGCCGACCGCCCCGAGGCCGCCGUCACCAUCUCCUACGAGGCACAGGCGCGGCUGCGCGACCCCAUCUACGGCUGCGUCGCCCACAUCUUCGCGCUCCAGCAGCAGGUGAUGACGCUGCAGGCGCAGCUGGCGUCGCUCAAGGCGCAGGCGGCGCAGGGGCAGGGCGUGCACGACGACGCCAAGGGCUACAUGGGCAGCGCGGCGGAGCAGCUAGGGUACGGCUACCCCUGGUGCAGCAGCAAUGGAGGCGCCGGCGCCGUGGGCGCGCCGCCGAGCGCGUACGGCAAUGGCGGCCACGAGUCCCUGACCGCGCUGCUGGGGUCGGACUACAUGCAGCAGUCGCUGUACCACGCGUUCGAGCAGGACGGCGCGGCCGACGACGACGGCCGGCAGGCGGCCGCCUUCGAGGCUGCGGCGGACUCGUCGUCGUUCGGGGCGGAGGAGAGCGGGUGGAGGUCGUCGUCGGGGUACCAAGACUGCGAGGAUCUGCAGAGCGUGGCCUACGCUUACCUGAACCAUCGCUCAUAAGGUUAGAUUUGUCAUGCCCGAAAAAUGUACUGCAAGGAAUAAUAGAGACCAGAGUAUUGAGAGACAGCUGAUUGAUUCGUGGCCACACGUGGA